AUGUCUUGUAUAAACAGUAAAGAUAAAUGCAAAGUUAGUAAUAUUCGAAAAUGUGCACAUGCAGAAAACAAUAGUACUACUACUAGUGAACAAAAAAAAACCCAACUUAAUGCUAAAAGUUCAAAUAAUCCGAGUUACCUAUGGCAUUAUUUUACAGUUUUAGAAGAUAAGGUUCAUGCUCAAUGCCAAAUAUGUGAUAGAAAAGGAAAAAGUGUAAAGUAUGUAUUUCAUGGCACUACAAGAAAUAUGAUAUAUCAUUUAGAAAAUGAACAUGGAAUCUUGAAAAAAAAUCCUACAGGCAAUGUAGAAGAUGGAAAUAUUGAAGAUUUUUUUGAAGUUGCUCAUGGGAAAGCUGCCUGCAAAAAACAACCAAUUAUUGAAAUCACCAUGCAACUUACAGAAUUAUUACAAGAUACUUAUUUUGUCAGUAUUACCACAGAUCUGUGGUUUUCAUGUAAUGAUAAACCAUAUAUUGAAGUUACAGCUAGAUGGAUAGAUUCUAAAGAUUGGUCAUUAAAAGAAGCAUUACUAGCUUGCGAAAAAAUUAAUGAAAAACAUACAGAUGAAAAUAUUAAAAAUGACUUAGAGAAAGUAAUUGAACGGUUUCAACUUAAUGUAACUAAAGGUCUCAAUGCUACUGGUGCAUUUAAGAAACAUGUUACAAAUCUUAUUUUAUUUUUUAAUGGUAGUUCUAAGAAUACAGAAAAUCUUAGAGAUGCACAAUGCAAGUUAAACUACCAAAAGGUGUAUGAAGUUCUUUUGGAUGUUCAGACCUGUUGGAACUCGAUGUAUAUUGCAUGGAAACGUUUACAUGAACUAAAAAAUGCUAUACUCUACCUUAUUACUAUUUUAAAAUUUUCUUCAGAGAAGGAUAAUAAAGAUGAUACUAGCUAUUUGGAACAAAUUAAUUUAACAGAAUUGAAAUAG